CUAGCUCAGAUUAAACCAAUUUGCAGUCUAACAGAGAAAAAAAGGCAGAAAUGUGAAUUAUACGUGAUGAUGAGUUCCUUGUGCUCAUCAGUGCUGUUGUGUGCGCACUCCUCGACGGCUGUUUGCCCUCCUUAGGAUGUCAAUUUAAAUUCAGGUCACAUUGUCUCCAGAGGAGGAGGAGAAGAAGAGGAUAAGAAGGGAGAGGAAUAAAAUGGCUGCAGCAAAGUGUCGCAACAGACGGAGGGAGCUCACAGAUACACUGCAAGCUGAGACUGACAAGCUGGAGGAGGAAAAAGCAGCCCUGGAGACGGAAAUAGCCAACCUGCUCAAAGAGAAGGAGCGCCUCGAGUUUAUCCUCGCCACACAUAAAUCAGUAUGCCAGAUCCCAGAGGAGCUGGAGUCCAUUUUACAGGCUUCGGUGAGCUCCCCAGAGCUGCCGCCCAGUCCAGAUGAGGACAGACUUCAGGAUGAAGGCAUCCAGGAAGCUCCUUCACUCCAGGACAUGGACAUCCCCAGUGAUCCAUCCACAGCCAUCUCUGGGAACUCCAAUAUCUUGCUGUGCGCCAACGCUGAAAUCAACAUCUCCGAUCUGGAGCCCUCCCUGGACAUUAAGGAGGGGCUACUAGACAAUAUCCUACCUAGUCUGGAGGACAGAAUCCCCAUGGAGACGGCUCGAUCAGUGCCAGACAUAGAUCUGAGCAGCUCCCUCGGCGUCUCGGACUGGGAGACCCUGUAUAAGUCUGUCUCCUGUGACCUGGAGCCUCUCAGUACUCCGGUGGUGACCUCCACCCCCACCUGCAGCAGCUACCUGUCUGUGUUCACGUUUGCGUGUCCCGAGCUGGACUCUCUGGCGGAGGAGGGACUGGACGGCCUCAAAGGUGGUCUGAGCAAGGCUGAAUCCGUUGAUAUUCUGAACUCGCCAACGCUUCUUGCCUUAUAAUCCACAGAGAGAGGGACGAGAUCUGCCGGAUCUCUGCUUUUGUUUUUUGGUUUUCAGGUACCUGACUUUACAAUGAAAUCAACAACAUAUGCCCAGAUAUGCUGUAACUGUUCAAGGAAUACCUAAAUGAAUUGUCUUGUGUUUGACUGAGUAUGCAUAUAAACUUUGUCCUGAUACUUAGCCAACAGAGUGAUGUAGCUAAAAGCAUGGCUGUUAAUUCAACAAGAGGGACUGUCGAUUUGGUUUUAAAAACGCAUGCAGAGAAAAUCCAAAUAAUUUUCAAAGCUUAUCUAUAGGUAUUCAUGAUCUGUUAAUAGAUCUAAAGUGUACUGUGCAACUUAAUGUAUCUGUAUGGUGAUUUUUUGUGCCAAAAGUGUAUUGAUCGCUGUAUGCAUUUACAUAUUCAUCCAUACCUCAAUGUCAUCAGCUGUGCUUUGACCUCAUCGUUGAAAUGUUGAAAGUUUUCCAUGAAAACAUCCAGUGCUAUACACUAUAUAUUGAUAUAUAUGUAUUAUAUAUAUUGAGAUGUAACUUUUAUUUAUUUUUUUACCUUUCAGAUUUUGACUUAUUUGUCAACAUUGAAAAAAAGAGAGCAUUGAUUGCUUAUCUAUGCUGCUGACCAAUAAUAAUAAAUCUAUGUUCCCAAUGG